GCUAGAAAACAGGCAGAAGAAACGGGUACAGCAGUGACCCGACAAGUCCAAUUCGGUAUCAUUCUCCAAGCUUUCCAUUCUCUCAUCGACCUUUUCAUAUUACUAGAUCAAUCUCACGCCCAGAAACCAAUCAAUCUGGUCAAAAUUUCAUCAAAUAACCAAAAGGGUCGAAAUUCAAUUCUUGAUGCUAUAGCAUUGUUGCAAAAAGAAAAGAUUGAAUUCUUAGCUAUAUAGAAAUCCUGAAUUUAUACUAGUCAGUGGGUUCAGAAUUACACAUAUGUACAUUAUUUCUGAAGUUUUCAGUUCGAGCCGAAAAUAGUGGGUGCAGUUGAGCUACUGCUAAGGGCUGAUCAACAACAAAAGGAUGUAUCAGUGGAGGAAGUUUGAAUUCUUUGAGGAGAAGUUUAGUGGGAAAGUAGCAGAUGAUAUAACGGGAAAGAUCCAAUGUUGUUCCAGCGGUAAAGGAAGGAUUGUAUUGGGCUGUGAUGACGGCUCCGCUUCCUUAUUGGAUCGAGGAUUGAAGUUCAAUUAUGGUUUCCAAGCUCAUUCUUCCUCUGUCCUCUUCCUUCAACAGCUCAAGCAAAGGAACUUCUUAGUGACCGUUGGAGAAGAUGAGCAAAUAUCUCCCCAGUCCUCAGCUGUUUGUCUUAAAAUUUUUGAUCUUGACAAGAUGGAGCCCGAGGGAACAAGUACAUCAAGUCCAGAUUGUAUUCAAAUACUGCGUAUAUUUACCAACCAGUUCCCUGAAGCAAAGAUUACGUCAUUUUUAGUUCUGGAGGAGGCUCCACCAUUAUUACUCAUAGCUAUAGGGCUGGACAAUGGUUCCAUCUAUUGCAUUCAAGGAGACAUCGCCCGUGAACGCAUCAAGCGCUUUAAGCUUCAGGUGGAUAAUCAUUCAGACAAAAGUCAAUCCUCCAUUACAGGUCUUGGUUUCAGAGUGGAUGGUCAGAUGCUUCAGCUGUUUGCUGUUACUCCAAAUUCGGUAAACCUGUUCAACAUGCAUACUCAAUCACCUACCCGGCAGACUCUUGAUCAGAUUGGAUCCAGUGUAACUAGUGUUGCAAUGACUGAUCGAUCGGAAUUCAUUAUUGGUCGGCCUGAGGCGGUAUAUUUCUAUGAAGUGGAUGGCCGUGGUCCUUGUUGGGCCUUUGAAGGAGAGAAGAAAUUCCUUGGGUGGUUUCGCGGAUACCUUCUGUGUGUUUUUGCAGAUCAAAGAACUGGAAACAAUACUUUCAAUAUUUAUGAUCUGAAGAACCGGUUAAUUGCCCACAGUAUGGUGGUUAAAGAAGUUUCUCAGAUGCUUUGUGAAUGGGGUAACAUAAUACUUAUUUUGGAGGACAAAUCAACUUUAUGUAUUGGGGAGAAAGAUAUGGAGAGCAAAUUGGAUAUGCUUUUCAAGAAAAACCUUUAUACAGUUGCUAUAAAUCUAGUCCAAAGCCAGCAAGCUGAUGCCGCUGCAACUGCUGAAGUGCUUAGGAAAUAUGGCGAUCACUUGUACAGUAAACAAGACUUUGAUGAGGCUAUGGCUCAGUAUAUACACACCAUUGGGCAUCUAGAACCUUCGUAUGUCAUACAAAAAUUUUUGGAUGCCCAAAGAAUCCACAAUCUCACCAAUUACUUGGAAAAAUUGCAUGAGAAGGGGCUUGCCUCAAAAGAUCAUACCACUCUUUUAUUAAAUUGUUACACCAAAUUGAAAGAUGUUGAGAAGCUUAAUGAGUUCAUCAAAAGUGAGGAUGGGGUUGGGGAACAAAAGUUUGACGUUGAAACUGCAAUAAGGGUAUGCAGAGCUGCCAAUUAUCAUGAGCAUGCCAUGUCUGUUGCUAAGAAAGCUGGGAGGCAUGAAUGGUACCUUAAAAUUUUGCUUGAAGAUCUAGGUAGAUAUGAAGAAGCUUUAAAAUAUAUCAGCAGCCUUGAGUUGAGUCAAGCUGGGGUGACAGUGAAAGAGUAUGGCAAAAUUCUUAUUGAGCAUAAGCCAGCUGAAACAGUUGAAAUACUUAUGAGGCUUUGCACAGAGGAAUCGGAACUGCCCAAGAAGGGAGCAUCAAGUAGUGCAUUUAUCUCCAUGUUGCCUUCUCCUAUUGAUUUUCUCAACAUUUUUGUCCAUUACCCACAGGCACUUCUGGAGUUCCUUGAAAAAUAUACCAGCAAAGUGAAGGAUUCAUCUGCUCAAGUGGAAAUUCAUAACACGCUCCUGGAAUUAUACUUCUCUCAUGAUCUGGAUUUCCCGUCAAUUUCACAAUCUAACAUUGAUGAAAGUGGAAAUGAUUUAGCACACAAACCAUUAAAAGCAGUAUCCGAUGGGAGGGCGAUACCAGACAAGAACGACUUAAAUGAUGAGAAAGGUCGUCAAGAGCGACGUCAGAAGGGGCUGGCCUUGCUUAAGAGUGCAUGGCCUUCUGAAGUAGAACAACCACUAUACGAUGUUGAUCUUGCCAUAAUUUUAUGCGAGAUGAAUGCCUUUAAAGAAGGACUGCUGUUUCUUUAUGAGAAGAUGAAACUUUACAAAGAAGUUAUUGCAUGCUACAUGCAGGUACAUGAUCAUGAAGGUUUGAUAGCAUGCUGCAAGAGAUUGGGUGAUUUGGGUAAGGGGGGUGAUUCUUCUCUUUGGGCAGAUUUGUUGAAGUAUUUUGGUGAACUUGGAGAAGACUGCUCAAAAGAAGUCAAAGAAGUAUUGACUUACAUUGAGAGGGAUGAUAUCUUGCCUCCCAUUGUUGUUCUUCAGACACUUGCCAAAAAUCCGUGCCUCACUCUCUCUGUUAUCAAAGAUUACAUAGCUCGAAAGUUAGAACGGGAGUCUCAGCUGAUUGACGAAGACCGCAGAUCUAUAGAGAAGUAUCAGGAAGAAUCAUCAACAAUGAGAAAAGAGAUCCAGGAUCUAAGAACAAAUGCUAGAAUUUUUCAGCUUAGCAAGUGUACUACUUGCACGUUCACACUCGACCUUCCUGCUGUACACUUCAUGUGUAUGCACUCAUUUCAUCAGCGCUGCCUUGGCGACAAUGAGAAAGAAUGCCCCGAGUGUGCUCCCGAGUACAGAGCUGUUCUGGAAACAAAGAGAAGCUUGGAGCAAAGUUCCAAAAACCCAGAUCAGUUCUUCCAACUGGUUAAGAGCUCUAAGGAUGGAUUUUCCGUAAUUGCUGAUUAUUUUGGCAAGGGGAUUAUCAGCAAAACUAGCAACGGGCAUGCUGAAGCUCUUAGAUCAGGCAGCGCUUCUUCCGGCAAUGAUUUCUAGGAUUUGAUCAGCACUGGUCAUCAAGCUUUCAGCACAUUUGUUGUGUACCCAAAUUCUUGAGAUCUUUUCAGCCAUAAGUAGGUGAAUUAAAGAUGCUUGAUUAAACUGGAUGACCAUCCAAAACAGAGGUUACUGAGCGAUUCGUUCACAAGAAUGUCAACCAAACCAUGUAUGUUUCUUAGGCCACUUGAUUUCCUCAGACCAUUUCAUUAUGAGGGUCUUCUCAAGAUUUUAAUCUAUUGAGGAUCUUUCAUAACGUUGUGUUCUCUGCUGAUUACUUUAAAGUUUAUUGUAGAGCGUCAAUUUCUUCUUUUAUAUAAGUUGUACCCUGGAAUUGAAGUAUUGUAAGAAUUUUGUGUGAACAGAAUAAGAUCAUUCUAUGUGCUGAAAAACA